UGCACAAACUGUUUCAAAUUUUAAUGGUGACUUUAUCCUUAGGAAAGGAAGAUGCCAAAACCUUUCCCACCAAUUACACCCAACUCCCAACUGCCUGUUUUACUUCAAUUCCUCACCUCGUACACAACUUCUUGUCUUCUUCUAAACCUCCAUAAAACCGUCCCAGGUUCCCCGAAUGUUGUCUCUCCCGGGCCACCAAUUCCCUCCGACAAACCCCUCAUUCUUCUCCCAUCAAUGCCAAAGCCAGUGCUCGGCCCCGAGCGACGCACCAACCCCUUAAUCUGGUGCGCCGCCAUAAUCUGCACCGUCCUAACCGUCGCCGUGAUCUUCACCGGCAUCGCCGUGUUCAUCGGCUACAUGGUCGUGAAACCCAAGGUGCCUCAAAUGAGCAUCGCCAGCGCCCAGCUGGAGAGAAUCUCGUACGACAUGGCCAGCGUCCUAACCGUGAAAGCCGCCAUUGUCAUCAAGGCGGAGAACGGCAACGCCAAGGCCCACGCCAGCUUCUACCACACCCACUACACCCUCAGCUUCCACGGCGUCAAGGUCGCCUACCUCUUCGCCCCCGACUUCGACGUCCCCAAGAACAGCUCCCUGGACCUUUACUACCCCGUCGAGUCCACCCCCAUCCCCCUCACGCCCGACCAGGCCGACACCGCCGAGGCGGCGCUGCGGCAGCGCCACGCGGUGUUCGACAUCCAAGGCGAGACCGGGACGCGGUGGAGAGUGUGGCUGCUGGGCUCUGUGAAGUUUAGGCUCCACCUUGAUUGCCAGCUUAAACUUCCCAUCAAUGGAACCAUCGUUUACCCAAAUUGUAGCACGAAAUCUAGGUAGAUUUUAGAUUUUCUUUAUCCUUAAUUCCCUUGCAAGAUUCUUAUUAGAACUAUAAUGGUAACAAGAAUAUAACUAACUUGAUGUGUCCCUUAUAAAGGUUAU